GAUUGGGGUUCCCCCAGAGGAGGCCCCCGCGGAGCUUCAGGCUCCCUCCGGAGAUUCCUUUAUGAGUAAAGCGUGGCGGAGGGUCGAGGCGGGCGGCGGCAGCGGCGGCCUCAGGAUGGAAGGCGCCGGGCGAGGCGAGGACGAUGAAUCCAACGGCCACGGGUCUCACAAGAAGAAGCAUAAGAAACAUAAGAAAAAGCACAAGAAGAAGCAUCACCGCGAGGACAUCGGGGGGACCGCAGGGGACGUGGGCCCUGCCCUCCCAAAGCCUCAGCUGAAGCUCAAGAUCAAACUGGGAGGCCAGAUCCUGGGGACCAAGAGGUACUCCAAGGGGAUCUAUGAGGACAGCAACCUGGAACCCUCCCCCCUGCCUGAGCUCGACGCGGAGAUCGGCUUCCCGGCCCGGGAGGAAGAGGAGGAGCAGCGCUGGCUGGAUGCCCUGGAGCGAGGAGAGCUGGACGACAACGGGGAGCUCAAGAAGGAGGUGGACGAGUCCUUGCUCACGGCCCGGCAGAAAGCGCUGCUGCACAAGCAACAGAGCCAGCCGCUGCUGGAGCUGCCGAUGGGCUACAAGGCCAAGGAGCUGACGGAGGAGAUGCUGGUGAAGCGGGAGGAGCGGGCCCGCAAGCGGCGCCUGCAGGCCGCCAAGAAGGCCGAGGAGAGCAAGAACCAGACCAUCGAGCGGCUCACCAAGACCAGCAAGGCCAAGGUCAAGACCCUGCGGGAGCGCAAGGCCAAGGGCGGGGCCGUCCCCACCGUCUGCUACCGCAGCGCCGCCCGCGGCGUCACCGUCUCCUUCCCUCCGGGGGCCGCCCUCCCCCUCCUGCCCUCCGUCGCGCCCGCUCCGCCUCCACCCACCCCGUGUGGGGUCAGCGGGUGCCCCAACCUCAAGCGCUACUCCUGCUCGCGCACCGGGGUGCCCCUCUGCAGCCUGGCCUGCUACAGGAAGAACUUGUUGCUCCAGCAGGCGGCAGCCUAGCGCUUCCCCUUCCGCCGGGACCCCCUGGAAGUUGUCCUCUCCGGCUGACUUUCUCACGCGGCUCACCCAGGUGGAACUCAGACCCUGGAGAAAGGCAUCCGUGGCGUACUCUGUGUCAAGGCAGGCUGCGGGACAGAGACGCGUGGUCCGCCCAUCCGAGAUGCUGCGAGGAGCUUGCCGGAUGAACGACGCCUGCCCAACAGUGGGCGAGGACAAGGCUCCGCAAGCCAGCGGAGAAUCGGAUGUGGUGGUGGGCGCCCCGAAGCUGCCAUUCCCCGGACGCAGCGAGGUGAGUGAGUCUUGUCGACGGAGCCCGCAAUUCUAGCAGCUCUGCGCUGCCGAGAAGCACAUGCUGUAUCCUGGCACUGUUUGGCGCAGCCGCUUUCUGGAGAUUCGGGGCGCCGUCGGCGUUGCGCGGAGCCAAGGUAGCGCUUCGGGUGUGCCGCUGUGUAUGCCGCUGACAUUGUGUUUGUCGGGCUGUACGGCGCACGGAGCAAGUGGGGGGGGGCGUCAAGACUCCCCCCGCACCUUUUCCUGUGGACUUCCCGUCCGUUUCAGAGCCCCCCGCUCUCUUUCCACCGGCAGGCUGUCGAGUGGGAAUGGGAAAGAACAGGUGACGCUCUGCAGUCUUAAACUAGGCCCUAGAGCUCAUUGCUUUUUGAAGAAAUGUGGAUUCUUUAAUAAACGAUACUUUGAAGA